CUUUGCCCCAACUCUGCCGUGCCCUGCUCUUUGCUUGUAUUCUUUGCUGGUCCGACGUGCCUUGGAUUGCACCGAGUCAAUCGCGUUCUUCGAGACCUGCCAGCGCCACCUGCGUCCUCAUUGCUGGGCCACGCAUGCUAAACACAAAUCACAUCAACCAGGUCUUGUAUUCCAGCAUCGUCCAAACACUGGGCAGACAGACAACCCCGUCCGCACCCACAAUUGCAUCUCUAUCUUCGAAUCGCUGCCCGCUCCAGAUCCCCAUGGCAUCGCGCUAGUCGCCAUUCCAUCCUCCCAACCGGAUAUCCACUUUGACAGCAUCCAGAGAAAGAGGAGUGUCGGUACGGACCACCUCUCUCACCGCAUCUUGCUUAACACUUGCCCACGCCCUGCAACUCCUGUUAUAACCGCUACUUGCGAGUCCUAGCGUGUUUCUCUAACUCUUUGUUUGUUUCUUUCUCUUCAGCCCAGCCGAGACAUUCUCGAAACACCAUAACAACAACGAGACAACAUCCACACGGCCAUCAUGUCAACCGUUGCGGCCAAAAAACCGCCUGUCACAGGUCGAGACCCUACCUCGACCCUGGCAUCGUCGUCUUCUACGUCGUCGCGUGCCACGCCACGCUCUUCCACGCCUACAUCCAAUGCUGCUACUGCUACUGCUGCGGGCAGCAGCCCACAAAGCCAUGCCCGUUCGCGCUCCUUCCGAUCAGGGACACCUGUCUCCGCGCGUGCUGCUGCAGGACAAAGGCGGGAAUCGCCCCUCGCGAGUGCCAACGGCCCCUCCAGCAACACCGCCACUGUCGAGGCUGAGGAGGCAGCCCGCGCCGAAACAGUCGCACUGCUCGAUGAUCUGAAGGAUAGGCUGGCCAAGGCCGAGACCACAUCCGAGGAGUACAGGAAGCAGGCCGAGGUGCUCCAGUCCAGGCUCGACGAGACGGUCAGCGAGCAGGUCAAAUACGAAGAGAAGUGCCACGAGCACGAGGAGCAGAUCGAGGCUCUGCAGAAUGAGCAGCGCGAGGCCACCCGAAAGAUCAGGGAGAUGGAGGCCAUCUAUGAGGCUGAGCGCUCCUCCAUGGUCAAGGAAAAGGAGGAAAUGUCAAAUCGCGAAGAGCAGCUGCAGAUGAUCAUUGCACGUUUGAAGGACUCUCUCAACCAGAAGAUGAGCAAGGAAGAUAACGAUGAUGAGGUUCGGUCGACUAGGUCCCUGAACCCAACCUCCCCUGGCCUCGAAGGUGGCAGCUUUGCACCGCCUGCGUCUCUGCAGCGCAGCGAUUCCAGGAACCAGUCGAAACUCGUCAUGCAGAAGGACAAGCUCAUCGAGUCUCUGCGUCUGGAACUGGCGGAGGCCCAGAUCAAGCUUGUCGAGUCCGAGAACCGCGGCGGCGGCAGGCUGCAGGAGGUCGAGAAGCUCCUCAUGGAGACUCGCAUGGCCAACGCGCGCCUCAUGGAGGACAACGAGAGCUAUCAGUUGCUGCUGCAGGAGAAGACCCUGAACGGCGACUUCAAGAACAGUGACUUCAGCUACAUGGGCGGGCCACAAAGCAACGACGAUGCACUUGCCGCGCUCGAGGGCAAGUCCGGCGGAGCCAGCCUUGCUGACGAGCUCGGCGACGCUGCCGACGGAGAGGACCAGAGCGAUAUCGUCCGCCGACUUGAAGGCGAUGUGCGGUCCAUGAAGGACCAGAACAAGGCCUUGACGCUUUAUAUUAACAGGAUCAUCGAGCGCCUUUUGCAGCACCAGGACUUUGAGCACAUCCUCGAUCAAACUGAGCCGGGGGCGAAGCCAGAUACCAACAAAGACCUGCCGCCACCACCAAGGGAGGCCUCUGGCUCCUCGGUGCUGCAGCGGGCCAAGUCCAUGGCUAUUUCCAACCCACAAGCGGCCACCAAGCCCCGACCAAGGCCCAUGUCGGUGAUGCCAACCGCCGCUAAUCUCGCGCAGUUCUCCAACCCCGACACGGCACCUAGUAUUCCGAUCGGUCUGGGGCGCUCGCAGUCCACGCGGCGUGUGCGGCCGAUGAGCGAACAGAUCACCGGGGCCGCAUCUGUUGUCAACCAGAUGUAUAAGGGGCCGGACGGGCCUCUGUCCCCCAUCUCGCGGAACUCGCAGACCUUCUUCAGCACCCCACAGCGUGAGCGCAAUACCUCUGGAGCGACUGCCAGCUCUGUCCCUGGCAACUUCCCCGGUAUGCGCUCAGAGACUUCGAGCGUCAGCGGCGACUCGUCGUCCCAGAUGACGAACGACAGGGACACCAUCAGCAGCACGCCAAACCACAGCCCGCCCCGCGAGAAGAAGGUCACACAGAAAUUCGAUGCGGGCAACAAGCCUCGCCCACUUAGGUUGGUGCAGGAGAACAACGAGGCGCAGGCUGCGGCGAACAAGCGACAGAGCUGGAUCGGUGGGUGGUUCGCAAAGAAAGAGGAGGUUACGAGCCCGAGAGAGUCGGCCAUCAGGGAGUAGAGCGGCCCCGGCCGAGGUUUACGAGACACAUUAUGAUAUUGGAAAUGGGUUAAUACGCUGCCGAAUGACAUGGACGAACACAAUAGAAAAAGCCCACCAAAUCCGAUUGGCGUCCGAGAGCUGGUGAUGGAGACAAGCAAACGCUGUGAUCUUCGGCCGGGCUGGAGCUGGUCCGAAGUGUUUGGUCUCCAUGUCGGGCUUAAUACAUCUGGGUUGGAGAACAACACUGCAUCGCGGCCACAGCUUCUGGAGUUUCCAUUCUUACCAACAUCCUGUCGGUUCACAAAGUAUAUACGUCUAGUAUGACGGACUGAAUGGUGCCAUAGAUGACCGACUGUCUUUGUCGUCUUUGUCGCAGGAUAGGAUACCCCCUCAAGGCCACCUCAAGUUAAGACGGCCUCCCCCAUCUCAUUUGAAUAGUUGCAUUUCAGCACCGCAGACUAGGUAGAAUAGGAAAGCUUACGGGCAUUUUCAGGCGCUUCUGGCAGUGCCAGACCGAAAGCGUGAAAGCAGUGUAAUCGCAACCGGUGUGAUCACAGAACGGACACUUGAACAGUCAUCGUAUCCCCAGUGAUGACCCAGCCGUGUCCCCGAUGUUCCCAAUCGCGACGGUUGACAGUGACGUCUGUCCCAUGGCCCGAGGCCACAUGACGGCGGCUUUGAGGCACGGUGGCUUUGCUCCGGCUUACACUUGAGCCGCGGUUGAGGUCCGACGAGAGCACGUUACAUGGCAGAAUAGUGUCAGGAAGCACCUGGAAGAGGAUAUGAUCUCCUGUCGCACACGCAUGCUUCCGUGAUGGUGCAGUUGUGCC